AUCGUUUCGUUAGCCGCUGAACUGGACGGUACACUGGUGUCGCAUUGGAUCAAACGUUCUUCAUCGUUCGUCUUUCGGACUCUACAAUGUACACACCAGAAGCAACAUGAGCAUGAAUUAUUAAGAUACAUCCUAUGAGAGCAGGCUGAUUAGCCGCUGCGACUAUUCUAUUUCAAAUAUGAAUGCGGAGUGCUCACAGGUAACUCGACCUCGACGCCGCAAUAUGUCGAGCUAUAAGAGCUUCGUCGUAGUUCCUAUGGAGGCUAUCAUCAAUUUCCUUACAACCUUUGUUCAUUCCAGAAAACCAAUCGAACGUGCUUGUAUAUCUAGCUAUCUCCGAGUUCUAUCUGUUUCUUUUCAAUCUACGCAUCUUAUCAUCCUUGAACAUGGGCUGCAAUGUUUCCGUACCGAAUCGCGCUCCCAGCCCGAGUCAAUUACUAGAGCUAGCCCCUGUGGCACACCCUGGGCAGCAGUCACUUGCUCCCGAGCUCAAUCGAGACACACUUGUCAGAGCCCUUGAAAAUGUCGCAGCCUAUCUCAAGAGCAAAGGCAUUAGUAUCACUGUCAUCGCCGUUGGGGGCGCAGUGAACACCAUCUUUUGCCGUACUCGCGGUACUACGCACGAUAUCGACUUCUUCAAUUCAAUACUCAAGGACAAGGAGUUCAAGGCUAUCAUUGAGGCAUCUAGCUACGCACGGUCCAAGGACCGGCAGCUUCAAAGCGAUUGGUUCAACAACCGGACCGUACUCUUCGUCCCGCGAUCUCAGCGAGAUGCAUUGACACGUCGAGCCAUAGCACAAAAUGAAGUUGUAUUUCAAGCCAAAGGCCUUACAGUACUCGCCGCACCCUGGGACUACGCGAUUGCGGCGAAGUUGAACCGGUUGACUGGGUCAUCAGGAAGUGGCAAACCCUCGAAGCCUUACGAUAUGUCUGAUGCAGCGACGUACUUGGAACGGUACUUGCGUAGCAAACGUGCCAAGGGUAUCACGAAGAGUCAAAUCAAGGCAUGGGCGAGACUAUAUGAAACACAUUGUUCAGAUCAGGUCAUUGCCCAGCUCGACGCUGAGUACCAGAAACAGUAUAAACUCAAAGUAAUCGAUAUGUCCCGCUGAUGAGUCUGCCUUCCUCUGAUCAGCGUUGGAUCAACCACAAUUACGACUAACUUGCGAAUUUUGGCAAGUACUAAGAGAUAUUCUCCAGAGGUACCAGCAUGGACGGACGCGAAGUAGAAUGUCAUCUUACAGGCUAAUGGGUAAGGUUUGGUCUCAUACUAUCUGACUGAUGACACUUUAUGUACAAUUUCGUAUAUGGGGAUGUAUUAUAGAAAUGAGCACGAUCAAUGGUAGAACCAAACACCUUCGUACCGUGGAAAGACAAGU